GGCUUCUGGUGCAGGCGCGGGCGGAGGCGAAGGACAGGGCGCAGCUGGACGAGGAGCUCGCCGAGUCGCUGUGGCAGCGGACCCUGACCUGCGUGGACUUCGACUACGUCCUGGAUCGCCUGCGCCAGAACUGCUACACGAAGCUGGGGCAGGCCAUGACCGAAGACCCCGACGGGCUGAUGGCCCAGAGCGCCGAGGAGAUGCGCCAGCUCUACUCCAUGGUGCAGGAGAUGGCUCAGCUGGAGGACAAGGACUUGACGCUGGAGAACGACCUGGACAUCGAGUCGCAGAUCGAGCUCUGCUCUCGGGGCUCGGUGCUGGAGAGGUCGGAACUGGUCCCUGUGUCCGUCACCAUCGAGGCCCUACUCGUCCUUCGCAACAACCUCGAGCGCGCAUCCGCGCGCGGCGUUCAGGUGCCACAGCUGAUGGCGCUCGUGGAGCAGAUAGACCUCCCAGACGAGCUCUUGGACAAUCUGUUGCAUGCCUUCGACGAGGAGGGGAAGCUCUCCGAGAAGAAGUUCCCGGAGCUCGCGCAGAUGCGGAAGAGGGUCACGGAGUUGGAGAAGCAGAGCGCUCAGGCCAUGCAGGAAAUCCUCGCGAGCCGGAAGUACAAGUCCUACCUCAGCGAGGACGGCUACCAGCAGUUCGGCACGCGCUAUGUGCUGAGCGUAAAGAGGGGGUUUGCGGACCAGGUGGGCGAAACGUUGGACGAGUCGCGGUCGGGAAACAUGCUGUAUGUGGAGCCGAGAGAGCUUGCCGGCGUCUCCGAUGAGCUUUCGAACACCAAGAAGGAGCUCAAGUUCAAGCAGCGCCGCAUCCUGAGUUUCAUGUGCGUGACCAUCUCGCGGGCAAGCGAACAGCUCCGCUCCUGCAUCGACGUCGCCGCCCGGGUCGACCUCGCGCGCGCGCGCCUCUUCCUCGGGGAGGACCUCGGUGGCGAGGUGCCCGAGGGCCUCGUUCUCAGCGGCCCCAACGCGGGCGGCAAGACCGUGGUGCUCAAGACGAUGGCCCUGCUCGCCCUGCUCGCGCGCUGCGGCAUCCCCGUGCCCGCGGGCGAGUCCCCGCGCGUGGACUUCUUCGACAUCGUGCUGGCCGACGUGGGGGACAUGCAGACCAUCGUCGACGACCUCUCCACCUACUCCGCGCACCUGGUGGCGGCCAGGAUCAUCCUGCAGGCCACGGCACGCAACGGCCCGAGGUCCCUCGUCCUCAUCGACGAGGCGGGUACCGGCACCGACCCCGCACAGGGCGCCGCGCUGGCGCGGGCGCUGCUGGAGAGCCUGCUGGACGCGGGCGCCCGCCUCGUCGCCACCACCCACUGCGACCAGCUGAAGAACUGGGCCCUGGAGGACACGCGCACGGAGAUCGCGGCCAUGGAGUACAAGGAGGGCCAGCCGACCUUCCGGCUCACCCGCAAUGCCAUCGGCGAGUCCCACGCGAUAUCGGUGGCGAGGCGCCUGGAGCUGCCCGCUUCCAUGGUGGACCGAGCGGAGUCGCUGCUCGCAGAGGACCAGCGCUCGCUGUUGGCGCUCCAGCGGGAGGUCGAGAGGAUGGAAAAGGAGCUUAAGGAGAGGCUGCUCGCGGUGGAGGAGCGCGAGGACGAGGUCGAGGAGGCGAUACGGCUCGCCGAGAUGCGGGAGGCGGAGGCGAACGCUCACCUGAGCGAGCUCCAGACGCGAGAGGCUGGCAUGGCCAUCAAGCAGGAGAUGCUGGAGAGCAAGCUCAUGCGCGAGCACUCCGAGCGCGUGGCCGCCCACGAGCAGAAGCUGCAGCAGCUCCUGGCCUCCCUCGCGGAGAGCGGCACGGCCGACUCGCGCCUCAAGAUCGUCGGCGACGCCGUCAUGGACCUCAAGGUCGAGAGCAGCGGGCUGAAGCAGCUGGCCAGCAGCCAGCAGAAGAAGGCGGCCCAGCGCCUGCCCGGUGCCCUCGGCGCGGGGGAUAAACUGCGCGUGGGCGACUGGGUGGUGGUCCUCUCGCGGUGCACGUGGUACGGCUUCAAGGGCCAGGUGUCGAGGCUCGAUGGGGGCGCCAAUGGAACUCCGCAGCGGGUCGUCCUGGUGAUGAGCGGCUCCAGCAACGUGGUGGAGGUCCUGAAGACGGAGGUCGGGCGGACGACCGCGCCUGUGGUCAAGGCGGCCCCCGGGCAGAGGAUGCGGAAGAAGGUGGCCGUGAAUCACAGGAACUACGGCUUCUAGCCGCGCGUUGCUGGCGCCAGUGGGCGUGGCUUGGCGCGGCCCUCCUCCUCCUCCUCCUCCUCCUCCUCCUCCUCCCACUCCCCCUCCUCCUCCUCCUCCUGCUCCUCCUCCUUGAACGAUCAUCUGACAUGCAUCGUGGAGAAGCUUCGUCCCGAGAGUAGCACUGAUACUGAUAGUGGACUCAGGGCUCGUGCUGUGAGCCUAUUUUCGCCGUCAGGGCACGCAGUUUUCACAUCCGCCCGUGGCGCAAAGCUGAGCUUGCGCCUGCGAGGACCUGGAUAAAACGCCUUCAACCGAUCAGUCGCAGUCAAGACGUGACCAUCCGAAUCCCAGCCAGGGCAGGAAUAGGAGGAGUCAGACCUUGACAGGGUCCUUGUCGCGCUACCGGCUUUUACCAUGCUUCCCCUGCCAGGUCUGAACGCAUCGCAUUCUUGCUUCAAUUGCUUCCAACAGUUCACCGGCCGAUUCGAAGUCCCGCUGGAUACCUCGAGGGCUGGGCUCGGGGUGGGCCCCCGG